UCAACAUUUUGAGCUCAACAUUUUGUCUUUCUUUAAUUCGAAGGUCAUAAAAAAUGCUUAGUUCAAUCAGCUGCCCUGCCAUUCCACCAUGGUGCAUCACCUUGUUGCUGUCUUGUAGCUUCGUCACAAUUAGCGCAAACGAGACAGACCGCCUUGCUUUACUUGCCAUAAAGUCACAGCUCCAGGAUCCACUAGGAUUUACGAGUUCAUGGAACAGCUCUGUAAGCUUCUGCCUAUGGAGAGGUGUAACUUGUGGUCGUCGGCACCAAAGGGUCACUAAGCUUGAUCUAAGAAACCAAAGCCUAGCAGGUUCUUUAUCACCAUAUAUUGGGAACCUCAGCUUCCUCAGGUCCGUCGACCUCAGAAACAACAGCUUCUAUGGUCAAAUUCCAAAUGAAAUCGGGCGUCUAUUCAGGCUUGAAAGAUUAAUUCUGAACCAGAAUUCCUUGUCAGGUACAAUACCAACCUCUCUGUCCAAUUGUUCUAACCUUGUCCUUUUUUUUGCGAAUAAAAACAAGCUUACUGGAGAAAUCCCAGAAGAGAUUGGCCAUUUGUCGAAUCUCGUAAGGGUGUCCCUUGGUUACAAUAAUCUAAAAGGACAACUUCCAGUUUCCAUUGGGAAUCUUUCAGCCCUGCUGGGAUUUGAUGUAAAAGCCAACAGCUUGGACGGGAGGAUUCCUGAUACAUUUGGCCAACUAAGAAGCUUAGAUUUUUUUAACCUGGGUCAAAAUAAUUUCUCUGGUGCGGUUCCUCCUUCAAUAUAUAACAUUUCUUCCCUUGACACAUUUGCUCUACUAUCAAAUAGAUUUACUGGAAAUCUACCACUUAACAUAAAUUUCACCCUUCCCAACCUGAGAAGAUACAAUAUUCAUGGAAAUGAUUUUACCGGUUCUCUCCCAGAUUCAUUAUCCAGCAUUCCAAAUAUUGAAACGCUUGAUGUCUCUGACAAUCAACUCAGUGGGAAAGUAUUGACUGAUUUUAGUGUUCUUAAGAAUCUCUCAUGGCUAAAUUUGGGUGAUAAUAAUUUGGGAACUGGGAAAGCAGGUGAUCUUGAUUUUGUGACCUCUCUAACAAACUGUAGCAAAUUGCAAGUGCUUGGUUUAUAUCACAAUCAAUUUGGAGGGCUGCUGCCGCACUCUAUAGCCAAUCUGUCAACAACAUUGACUAGACUAGCCAUAGGAGCCAAUCAAAUAUCUGGUACAAUACCACUGGGAUUAGGAAAUCUUAUCAGACUAAAUGUAAUUGGUAUUGAGUCAAACCAAUUAACAGGCAAUAUUCCAGAAGUUAUUGGUCAGCUCAAGAACUUACAAGCUAUAGCAUUUUCUGAUAACAAUCUACAAGGGAGCAUCCCCAGCACUGUAGGUAACCUAACACUUCUAAACAGCCUCUGGUUGGCAUCCAAUAAGUUACAAGGCAACAUACCCUCUUCCCUUGGCAAUUGUCAAAAUUUGAUGCUGCUGAACAUUUCCCGAAAUAAGCUCACUGGUAUUGUCCCUAAACAAAUUCUUGGCAUUACCACCCUUGCACUUCACCUCGACAUUUCUAAUAACUUUCUCACUGGCCCUUUUCCUUCAGAAGUGGAUAAAUUGAUCAAUCUUGAUCGGCUGGAUAUAUCAAGAAACAAUUUUUCUGGUGAGAUUCCUAAUACACUUGGUGCUUGUAUUACUUUAGAGUAUCUAAAUAUACAGGGCAAUUCUUUUCUUGGAGGCAUUCCUCAGUCUUUAAGUUCUUUGAAAAGCAUUAAACAGCUAGAUCUCUCAAGCAACAACUUGUCAGGCGGGAUUCCAGAAUUUGUGGAGAAUCUAUCAUUUUUGGAAUACUUAAACCUGUCUUACAAUCACUUUGAGGGCGAGGUACCAAAAAAAGGAGCUUUCAGCAAUUCAACAAAAAUUGCACUUGCUGGGAAUGAGAAACUUUGCGGGGGUUUAGAUGAACUGCAUUUGCAACCUUGUCAGUCCAAAGUAUCCAAGAAGCUAAAAGUCCCUCUCCUGAAGGUGAUAAUACCAGUGAUACUUUCAUGCUUGAUCUUGUUAUCAUGCUUCAUUGUUGUUUGUACUCGACGAAGGAAUUCUGCUCAUAACUCUUGUAGUAUUCCGCGCUUGGAAGAACAGUUUCCAAUGGUAUCUUAUUCAGAGCUGAGGAAAGCAACUAAUGAAUUUUCAUCUUCAAACAUGAUUGGCACGGGAAGCUGUGGCUUUGUAUACAAGGGAAUUCUGGGUGAAAAUGGAAUGCUAGUUGCAGUGAAGGUGCUUAAUCUUACGCAAAAAUGGGCUUCCAAGAGUUUUAGGGCUGAAUGUGAAGCAUUAAGAAGCAUUCGUCAUCGAAAUCUCAUCAAAAUUGUCACUAUUUGCUCGAGCAUAGAUUUCAAAGGGGCUGACUUUAAGGCUCUAGUUUACGAGUAUAUGCCAAGCGGAAGUUUAGAGAAGUGGCUGCACCAGAGCUAUGAUCAACUCCAUGUUAGUAAUCUAAGUCUUCUUCAAAGAUUAAACAUAGCCAUCGAUGUGGCUUCGGCAAUUGAAUAUCUUCACCUCCAGUGCCAAUCACCAAUUGUUCAUGGUGAUCUAAAGCCCAGUAACAUUCUGCUUGAUCAUGACAUGGUGGCUCGUGUGGGUGACUUUGGCCUAGCAAGAUUUCUAUCUGAUCGCCCGCUAAGCACCGCCGCCCCUGAAACUCAAUCAAGCACAAUUGGAAUAAAAGGCACUGUAGGCUAUGUUGCCCCAGAGUAUGGUUUGGGCAGUGAAGCUUCGACACCAGGAGAUGUGUACAGUUUUGGAAUUUUGUUAUUGGAGAUGUUCACAGGAAGGCGACCUACUGACAGCAUGUUUAACGAUGGGUUAACUCUCCAUGGAUUUGCCACCAUGGCUUUGCCAGAAAAAGUGAUGGAGAUUGUUGAACCUUCAAUUGUGUUGGGAAUAGGAGUUGACAACUCUGCAAGUCAUGCUGAAAAAAGAGAAAGAAUUGAGGAGUGCUUGAUUUCUGUAGUGAGAACUGGAGUUCUCUGCUCUGUAGAAUCUCCAACAGACAGAAUGGGGAUGACAGACGUUGUAGCAAACUUGUGUGCUGCUAGGAAGAGCUUUCUUGAUAGCAAUAUCUGACACUUGAUUAAGGAUGUUAAGCAAAGUGCUCAAAAAAUAUAUGUCAAGGACCAAGUAAAUCACAAAUGUGAUAAAUGUUAGAUGAUCACUUUGUGGGGUUCAAACACAAGACCUCGGGAUAAUCUAAGGCCUUGUCAUCCGGCCACAAGCAAGUGGUUGAUAUUGCAGUUUUUGCUUGUAUUAAGACAGUAUUCCAAGAUAUUAUAAAUGAGAUACGAUUCCAAGAUUUAAGUACAACUCAAGGAUGUCCAUCUAGAACUUGCUAACAUGCAUUAUUCAGUUGAAAAGUGAUUGCAGAAAUUCAAAUGACAAAUGUUAUAGCAAAAUUAUGCACCGCUAGGAAUAACUUUCCCAAUAAUAAGAUUUGAUGCAUUCUAUAUUGUAUAAUUAAGGGGAUUAAUUUAACAUAAGAUAGCCUGUAACUCCUGCAGUCCUGUGCUUAUGAGACACCAUCUUUUGAUGUUUCCUGUCAAUUCAAUAGUCUUUAGUUGAAGGGAAAUCGCAGCAACAGAGUGAAAUGAAUUCAAUUCUACUGUUCCUUUGAAAUAACAACACAAGCUCAAAGUUCAUAAGACCAGAAUCUGAAAAUUUUCUUCUGGCAAUUCAACU